AUAGUCAUCGUCGUCUUGGCGAUAAUCUCUUCCGUUGUUUUCGUUUCACGUCGCUUUUCCUACGCGAUUUCUUCGUUACUGGACUGUGUAUUCAAUCGGAGCCGCAAUAUGACGACUUAUCGAGCUGCAGAUUCGAAAAGAGAAGAAUUCCGGAAAUAUCUUGAACAGUCAGGCGUGGUAGACGCCCUAACAAAGGUUUUAGUGAAUCUUUACGAGGAGCCUGAAAAACCUUCACAGGCACUGGAAUUUCUCCGUCAACAUCUUGGAGCAGCAGGACCUGAAACUGCUGAUGUGGAGUCCCUACGAUUAGAGGUUAGCGAACUCAGGGGGAAAGUAUCACAACUCACAGAUGAAAAUGCAGAACUUAAAAGUAGACUUGAAAAAUAUGAGCCUUCAGAAGAGGCAACAGAAUAAAAUAUUGGACACUUCCACUUAUGAAAGUGCGGAUUUUUAUCUAGGGCCCAUAUCUCAAUUAACAAGGAAAUGCUGUUAUUUUGUCAGUGAUGAUUUGGCAAUGUUUUUAGCGUCUAGUUUACUUAAAUAUUUACCAUUUUAGAGUCUAUUUUUAAAGUCAUUGCAACAUUGUUCAGAAACGUCAGUCUCAUUAUACAGUUAUAGGCUACCGUAUAGCUUGACGAAGUUGUUGCUGCCUUCAAUUUUUCAGUUGAAGACAGAUUUUUAAUUGUACUGAGCAGACCUGUUUUUAUGUAUGUAAACUGUAUCUUUUUUUAAACCAAGAGUGCUCUAUUCAUAAACGCAAGUAUCUCAAUAUUUCUAAGAUCUAUGAAUUUUUGCUCAUCACCUACUCUUUCAUGAUAAAAUUAUCUAUAAACCUUGUCAGUAAUUCUCCAGAAUAAUCUGUGAUCCAAUGUUUUGCGUGUAUACAGUGUACAAUCUUUAUUAUUUGUUUUUAUACUAUAUUUGGAGUUUGAAAAUAAAAUUUGUAAAUACAUUUUUAAAAA